UUGAACUGGGUACUGCAAUGCAACAUGCAAAUCCCAAUAGAUAACUCUAACAUCAAACGAAUCAUGUUGUGAGUUGCAAUUUCCAAAUUGAAACAACGUGUGGCCGGUUUACAUCGGACUCAUCGAACGGUUCAACAAUUUUACAUAUACUCUACUGGAUAUAGUAUAGUGACGAAACUUAAGCACAAUAAUCCUUUUUUUUUGUUUGUUUAGGGAAAUACCACAACCAAACAAGCCCUUAUCAUAACUCUAUCUUUCACAGGCCCAAUUUAUACAACUCUUUCUUCUCGCCAGUUUUUGAUUAUCCAACACAAUUUCUCUUCUCCAUUUCUUUCGUGAUCACUAAUUUGCAUAGAAAAUGAGUACAUUGGAUGCAACUAGGGCAGAACUUGGCCUUCUUGUUCUGUAUUUGAACAAGGCUGAGGCAAGGGACAAGAUAUGCAGAGCAAUUCAAUAUGGUUCCAAAUUUCUGAGUAAUGGGGAACCUGGUACUGCACAGAAUGUAGACAAAACAACCAGCUUAGCACGAAAAGUUUUUCGUCUAUUUAAGUUUGUCAAUGAUCUGCAUGCUCUGAUAAGUCCAACACCACAGGGUACACCCCUCCCCCUAAUUCUGUUGGGAAAGUCCAAGAAUGGACUACUGUCCACUUUCUUGUUUCUUGAUCAAAUUGUGUGGCUCGGCAGAACCGGUAUCUACAAGAAUAAGGAACGUACUGAACUGAUUGGCCGGAUUUCUAUGUACUGUUGGCUCGGUUCCACAAUUUGUACCACCUUAAUUGAGCUCGGGGAGCUUGGAAGACUCUCUGGAUCAAUGAAGAAGUUAGAGAAAGAACUCAAGAGCAGUAAUAAAUAUGAUAAUGAGCAAUACCAGGCCAAGCUGAAAAAGUCGAAUGAGAGGACUCUAGCACUUAUCAAAGCAAGCAUCGAUACAGUGGUAGCAGUUGGGUUGCUUCAGUUGGCACCUACCAAAGUCACUCCCCGUGUUACUGGAGCUUUUGGAUUUGUUUCAUCUCUAAUAUCUUGUUAUCAGUUGCUUCCUCCUGCCCCUGCCAAGUCAAAAUCAUUGUAAGCAUGGAACAAUAGAUUGGCUCCUUUCAUGCUUCAUUGUUAUUAAAUAAUUGUAUGAAUUUAUCAGGAGAUGUUAAUUGGUAUGGUUCUCGUCUUAGUAGAAAACAAGGCCCUGUUUGGAGUUGUUUUCAAAAACCAUUUUGUCGUUUCGGAUUCGGUCCUUCAAACUCUUUCAAUUAUUAUAGAUAUUCAAUGUCAAUUUAGCCCUUUAAUCUUUUAUUGUUAAGAUUACAUCAAAUAUGACAAUAUAUUGAAUUUAUAUCAUUGGAAAGAA